GUUAUGUUAUGGGUGAAUUUAUCUUAAAUUGUUGAUUUUUUUUAUUCUUUUUUCAUUGUUUGAUUUUUUUUCAAUUUUUUUUUUCAUUUUUUGAACUAGAAUUACCACAGCAGAAAUGGUGUUAUAUUACAUCUUUGUUGGUGGUUCACUCACUGUCGGCACUCUGACAUUACAGCCCCCCCAGCAUUUCUUUUCUGGCGCCAUCCCUGGUCCCAUAACCUGAAAAUCGUCAGGGGAAAACCGCUACAGUGCAAAAUUAGCUUAAUUUAAAUGUGUUUGCUGAGAUAUGGCCACAUGAGCACAGGCUCUCCCCCUGUCAAAGCUCUCGCUGUUCAUAAGGUUUAUGAGCAAAAUAAUAGAAAACUUCACAACUUUGCUGUUAUUUUUAAACUUAAAAAAUUUUUUAAAAAAAUAACGUUAGCAAACCGAUUUUUGAUAUAUUUAUUAACAGAUAUGACAUAUUUAGAACCAUUAUGUUCUUUUAUGCUUCGUGGUUAAAAUAUCAGAUUUCCAAAAAUGAUUUUUUUGUGUGUGAACUCCCUCCUACUCGAAUUAUUACAAAUCUCAUCAGAGGUAUAUCGCGUAACGUUCACUAAGUUGAUUUUUCCUGAUUAUAUAUUUUUUUUAUUAAAAAGGUAUCUAGGCCAAAAUGGCCCCUAACCUAUUUACAACAUUAACAUAAAAAUAAAAGUUAAUAGAACUACUCCUAUAAUAACUUGUCAAACGCUAAUUCAGCUUAUUUAAAGCAGAUGCGAUGAAAGGCACAAAGGGAUUAAAACAUAACGGAGACAAUAACGAGCCAACAAAGACAACAUUCUCCUUACUGGUAGAAAAGCAAACAAAUAUCAAGUUAAAACCUUUUUUUUUACUCAAGGUACCGAUCUCGUACGACAAAAGAUGUCUUCAUGCUUCUGUCACAAGCAUGAAUGAUUCACAAUAUUUUUGGUUCUAACAGCCCUGUUUAUUUCUGAAAGAUAACAAUAUAAUGAUAAGGUGGACAAACUCAGUGAGUGAUAGUAACGUCAAUGUUGAUGCCCCAGCUUUUUUGGGUAUUGUUUUUGUCUCUACUCGCGCGAAAGCCUAAUAUUACUGUUUUGUUGUUUCCCAAAUGAAUCAGAAAUCAACCCAGAUGAUUGGAUGCAAGACUGGAUGCAGCCACCAUCUCCUGAAAGAGUUCCAACCAAUUGCCCACCUGGACUAGAGCAUCUCGCUGUAAUGCCAGAAAUUUUCAUUCAUCAAAAAAUCAGCUGGGUUGAAAUUUGCUGUGACUGGGAGGCAAACCAGCAGUAUGAAAUUCUACACCCAGAAACAAAUAAAAGGCUGUACAAGGUAGUUGAAGAUACAUCAUGCUGCACCCGUGCAUGGUGUGCUGAAUCCAGACCCCUGGAAAUGAGCAUUUUGGAUUACACUGAAAAGGAGGUGCUGCACAUCUCAAGACCGUUCCAUUGCGCCUCCGGAACUGGCUGCCCCCCAUGUAUGGAUGAAAUGGUCAUAUCAACACCUGAUGGAAAACUUCUUGGCAGUGUAAAGCAACAAUUUGCUUGGCUAAUCCCAAGGCACCAUGUUCUAGAUGCCAGUGGCGACGUCGUCUUUCGCAUUGAAGGACCUUGUUGGUAUUGCCGGUGCUGUUCAGAAGUGCCCUUCAAGAUUUAUGCUCGAGGUGAGAGUCAGGAAGUUGGCAUAAUAGCGAAAAGAUGGACUGGGACGGCGAAGGAAUGCUGUACGGAUGUGGACAAUUUUCGAAUUGCCUUUCCCAAUAAUCUUGAUGUUCGCCUGAAAGCUCUUUUACUCGGUGCCUGCUUUUCAAUUGACUUGCUGUUCUUUGAAAACAGAGGCUAGUGAAAGUAUUUGGAGGAAGACAUAAGUGCUGCCACUUGAACUGAUCCACCACAUAUCUACGCCAUUUGCUACAAAUUGACUUGCGAUAUUGUUUUUAAAGCAAGUAUCAAAGAUAUUGGUUAGCGUAAUUUCUCGCACACCUGUAUUGAAAUGUAUCUUUGAAAUUGUAUUUAAAGGUAAAGUUGGUUUGGCCAUUCCAUCGCUACAUUUUAUUCACCAUGCAAAGGGAUAGCCUUUUGUGACGGUAAAAAAAUACUUUGCUUGCACGCUUUUGUAUCUUACAUACAACGUGCUACAAUAUAUGAAACAUUGUUAUUCGCUGCUACCCUUCAUUAGAUGUAAAUAUUAGAUAUGCAUUAUUAUUUGCAAUCAAUUCAAAGUUUUUAGGUAUACACGAUCAGGUUUUUAUGUUAUUUAAUUUGAAGUAACGGUAUUGAGAGCUUGCUGUUAUCUUCUUUGUCAUUCUAGCUCUUCCAAUCAUUCCUGUAUAUUUUUGAAAAAAGAGAGCAUUUUGGAA